GAGGGAGCCAGGAGUUCUUCGCUAGGUGUGCGUGCGGCUCUCUGUGGCUCGGGAGGUUGUUCUGUGUCUGUCUUGGCCGUUCUCUUCUCACCGGUGCGGUUCUGUGUCUGUCUUGGCCGUUCUCUUCUCACCGGGGAAGACCAGAGACUAGUUUGUAGGAAAACCAAAUAGAAGCCAUGUUUCGAAGACCUGUAUUACAGGUAUUUCACCAGUUUGUAAGACGUGAGUCUGAAAUAGCUAGCAGCUUGGUUCUUGAAAGAUCUCUGAACCGUGUGCAGCUGCUUGGGCGAGUGGGUCAGGACCCCGUCAUGAGACAGGUGGAAGGGAAAAACCCAGUCACGAUAUUUUCUCUAGCGACGAAUGAGAUGUGGCGGUCUGGGGAGAGUGAAGCCUACCAGAUGGGUGAUGUCAGUCAAAAGACAACAUGGCACAGAAUAUCAGUAUUCCGCCCAGGCCUCAGAGAUGUGGCAUAUCAGUAUGUGAAAAAGGGGUCCCGAAUUUAUGUAGAAGGGAAAGUAGACUAUGGUGAAUACACAGAUAAAAAUAACGUGAGGCGGCAAGCAACAACAAUCAUAGCUGAUAACAUUAUAUUUCUGAGUGACCAGACCAAAGAGAAGGCGUAGAAUGGACGAUUCUCCUUUGGCCAUUGUUUGGUACAGUCUCAUUUCCAAAUCAUGUAUAGUCUUUAUAGUUCCUAAGGACAAGAAUUAAAAUAUUCUUUUAUAUAAAAUGAGUGAUAAGACUUCUCCUGACUCUUACUCCCCCUCCCCUUUUUGUCUCAUAGACCUU